AUGGUCAAGCUCUCGUCUAUCGUCGGCCUCCUUGCCGCCACUCUUGCUACUGCCAGUGCAGCUCAGCACAGCCAUCAGGAUGUCGUUACCUUCAGCCCGGUGCUGAAGAACAGAGGCCAGUUCAAGGUCUAUGACAAGCCUGUCUCCGUCACUGCUGAUUCCUCUACUCAGACUGCGUCCUUCGUCGGAAACACAAAGAAGGACUCUGCCGUCAAGUCUAAGGCCGAUAUCGCUGUUGCGUAUCUGGCCAAGAACCACAACAUCCCAGCUCAGAACAUCAAGGUCACCGAUGCCUACACCGAUGCUCGCUCAGGUAUCACUCACGUCUAUGUCCGCCAGACCAGCGGCGGUGUUGAUGUCGCCAACGGUCUUGCCAAUGUCAAUGUUGAUUCCAAGGGCCGCAUCAUCUCGUCCAGCCAGUCGUUCGCCUCGGCUGAUGCUCUGAGCAAGGUCAAGCGCUCUAACGGCUCUCUUGUUGCGCGUGCUAGCGACGAUGCCUCGCUGAAGAACGCAUUCAAGUCGCUGAACGACUACGUCAAGACCGCUGUGUCUGACAGCGACCUGAGCAAGAUCACUGUUGCGUCGACCGCGAGUCUUGUUGGUGGCGACCCGCAGUUCACUAUUUCCAAUGUGCCUCAGAAGUCUGCUGUCGACGGCUCGGCCACUGCCAAGAAGGCACUGAUCCAGAAGGCUGACGGGUCUCUGGCGCAUGUCUGGGAGAUCACUCUGCAGCAGGCGGACCACUGGUGGAGUGCCCACGUCAACCAGGACACUGGCAGCGUUGAGGCUAUCAACGACUGGGUAUCGCACGCCGAGUCGUACAACGUCUACCCACGCAAUGUAAACGAUCCUCUGGAAGGCAGCCGCUCAAUCGUGUCGAGCCCAGCCAACACCAAUGCUAGCCCUAAGGGCUGGGUUACUGGCACUACCACCACCGGCAACAAUGUAUGGGCACAGAACAACCCCACCGGCGGUAGCACGUGGAAAAACAACUACCGUCCGAACUCUUCCAACGGCGCCUUCAACUUCCCACUGGACCUGACCAAGGCUCCUUCGUCCUACAUUGACUCUGCUAUUACACAGCUGUUCUACACUGUCAACACCAUGCACGACCUGUCGUUCCUCUACGGAUUCACUGAGGCUGCUGGUAACUUCCAGGAUGUGAACUACAGCGGCAGUGGUGUUGGUGGCGACUAUGUUGUUGCUUUCGCUCAAGAUGGAUCUGGUACUAACAAUGCCAACUUUGCCACUCCUCCCGAUGGUCAGAACGGUGUCAUGCGCAUGUACACCUGGACUCAAACCAACCCGAACCGCGAUGGCGAUUUCGAGCAGGACAUCGUUGCUCACGAGUUCACUCACGGUAUCUCUAACCGUCUGACCGGUGGCCCAUCUAACACCAACUGCCUCAAUGAUGGCGAGGCAGGAGGUAUGGGUGAAGGAUGGAGUGACACUGUUGCUAACCUGAUGCGCCUCAAGUCUGGAGAUACUCGUUCGCGUGACCUCCUUCUCGGCCAGUACGUGUACGGUCAGGGAAUUCGCAACUAUCCGUACUCCACAUCGACUAGCACCAACCCUUCGACGUACGGAUAUCUUGAUGACCCUAACUACCAGGAGGUGCAUGCGAUUGGUGAGGUGUGGGCUGGAGAUCCUCCGUGCAACCCAACUUUCAUUGAUGCCCGUGAUGCCAUCAUCCAGGCUGAGCAGAACCUGACUGGUGGCAAGAACAACUGCGCCAUCUGGAACGGCUUUGCCAAGCGCGGUCUCGGUGUCAAUGCCUCCAGCGACAGCUCGUCCCACACCGAGGACUACACUGUUCCCAGUGGCUGCUAAUCCCAGUACCAAUAUUGUUUACGUUUGUUAUGAAGUCGCCAAACAAAGAAUUUACUUAUUCGGU